UUUUUGCUUCCACAUUUAAUUUUUGCUGAUCAUGCUGAACUGAGCGUAUGGCUGGGAGUGAUCUUGGACCUUUAUGGCAGAAGGAGGGGCAUAAACAAACACACAUUUGGAUAGUGCUUUGUCAUCUACAGGUGCUUCUCACAUAAACUCACUCCAUCCCCAUUAAUUGCCAGAGAGAGCUUUUUUUCUCCUCCUACCUUCAAUAAGUUCAGAUCAGAAUCAUCAGACUGGACUAUAGCUGAGUAACAGAGAACCUGCUUAGGAUGUCCAAAGUCCUGGGACUCAACAGUCCCUUGGACCAGGGAGAUGACUUGGUUUGUAGUGUACUUCCUUGCUUCACGAGAGCAAGGCUGGGUCCCUGGUACCCAUGAGAAAAACAGGGCGUAGUGGCUUGCAUUAAUAACCUGUGCCUUCAGGGCUGGAGAUAGGUCCAUCCCUGGGGCUCAUUGGUCACCCAUCCAAGCCUUCUGUGGGUGAGCUCCAGAUCCCAGCAAGAGACCCUGUCCCAAAAUAUAAACAAAGAAAAUCAAAGCAAAUCAGAGCAAAUCAAAUCAGAGCAAAGCAAAGCAAAAUGAAACAAAACAGCCCAAACCAGGGGCUGGAGAGAUGGCUCAACAGUUAAGAGUCUUGGUUGCUCUUCCAGAGGUCCUGAGUUCAAUUCCCAGCACCUGCAUUGUGGCUUAAAACUGUCUGUAGUCCCAUGGGAUAUGAAUCCCUCUUCUGGUGGCCAGGUGUACAUGCAGACAAAAUACCCACACAUGCACCAAACAAACAAUAGAAAAGCCUAAACCAAAACCAACCAAACAAAAAACUAGGUGGGAGCUGGAGAAGUAGCUCAGUGGUUAAGUGCACUUGCUACUCUUCCAGAGGGUCAGAGUUUGCUUCCCAGCACCCAUGUCAAAUAGCUCACAACUGCUUAUAACUCUAGAUCCAGGGGAAUCGGAUGCUUCUGGCUUUUUUAGGCAUUGUAUGCAUAUCUACACACACACACACACACACACACACACACACACACACCUAUAUGUAAUUAAAAUGGUAAAAAUAAGUCUUAAAAAAAAUCCAAGGUAGAUGGCCUGAAGAUGAUGCCCAAGGCUGACAUCUAAUUUCUGUACGCAUAUCCUCCUCUAUGCAUAGAGGUGUGCACACAAUUAUAAAGCUCAUACAAAGGACAUGCUUGCUUCAGAAAAUAUCCAAGCAAUACAGAGCUUGCCAGAAUCCAUUCCUGUGUUCUCCAGUUGUCAUGGUUUUCAGUGGUAAUCAACAGAACUAGGACAGGAGGAGCUACAGAACUCAGUGUGUGGACUAUAACAAGUCCAGGCUGAGCUAGGUGUAGAGUACUCAUGGAGUGAGGGUGGGAAACAGCUCACUAAUGCGUUCAUACCCACUGCCUGCUGGAAUCAUAUAUUUUAAAAAUAAUUUAUUUAAUUUAAUUCUCUGUGCCUUGGCAUUAAGGCGUCAGAAUACAUGGGACUGGAGGGGUAGACAGUUGUGAGUUGCCAUGUGGCUCCUGGGAUUUGAACCCGGGUCCUUUGGGAGUGCAGCUAGUGCUCUUAACCACUGAGCCAUUUCUCCAGCCCCCGAGAUAAUAUUUUUUAAUAUGCUCUAUUAAAUAUAAAUAUUAUUACUUUAAAAUAUAUUUAGUUUGGUAUUCUUAUGUGUGUAUAUGUCUGUGUGAAGGUACGCCCAUGUGUGUGAGUUCCCAGAGAGGUCAAAAGAGGGCACUGAAUUCUACGGAGCAAAAGUUGUAGGCAUGGAUGCUGGGGUUGAAUCUAGGCUCUCUCCAAGACUUGUAAGUGCUUUAACCAUUGAGCCGUCUCUCCAGCCCCUAUGCUUACUCUGUAAUGUGACCAAUAAAAUGUGUCAUGUUGUCAGGUUACAUAACUGGCUAGUGUUUUUAUGAUAAGCCACUGUCCUAGACCCUUUUCCAUAGUUUACGUCCUCUCUCUCUCUCCACACACACACACACACACACACACACACACACACACGCACGCGUGUACUUUCUUCAGGUGUUGCGCAGGCCCAGGGCCUUGCGCAUGCAGAGCCCUCUACCCUAAGCUACGCCCUCAGCCUACACGUGUAUUUUACAUUAAGGAGAUCACAGGUUGCUUUUUUUCUCUUACAGAUUUUUUUUUUUUUUAAAUGAGAGCUUACAGAUUAAAAAUAGAUUUUGUUUUGGAGAUGCUGUGUAGGCCAGACCGGCCUCCGAUUCAGCAUCUUCCUGCCUCAGUCUCCUGGUUGCUAAGAUGGUAAUAGGUGUGUAUCUCUACCGACUCAGAAGUGGAUAUUUGGAUGGAUGAAGAUGCUGGGGUAAAUUAAGCCAUAUAACGGCCAUAAUAACACGUGCAAUGACCAGCACGGCUUUGAACUCAUGUCCUCAAACUCUGAAUACGAGUUGCUUUAUGUCCUAGGAUUUAUUUGCUCUAACGAGGUUGUGUGUGUGUGUGUGUGUGUGUGUGUGUGUGUGUGAGAGAGAGACUGUGUGUGCCUGUAUUGGGUAAGGGAAAGAGAAAGGAGCAAGGUAGCACCCCUGCAGGGAGGCAAGCCUUGGCCUCCACAAAUUAAGAAGGCCUGCCCUACUGACUCUCUCCACUCUCCCCCCAGGCCCUUGGCCUUGGCUGGUGCAGGGGUGCAGGAGAGCUGGCAGCAUCGGGUGACCGGGGGAUGAGCCCCCAGGAGAGUUCUGUCCAACCUUUGCAGUUGCUCCUGUUGGUGGGGAUCCCCGUGGCCAGUGCUUUCCUUCUGCUUCAGUGCCUUCGAUCGCACUGUUCUCGGUGGCUGCUGAGAGCCUCCCGGAAGCCAGAUGACCGAGAAGAACCAGUCUCCCCACCACCGUUACCAGAAUAUGAGCUCCCGAGGCAGUGCCCACCUUCGACGCUACCGGAGGUGGCUUCAUUCUACCAGGAACUCCACACGCCCACCCGGGGCCAGACUGUCACCCGCCAGCUGAUGCACAAGCUCCUGGUGUUUACUGCUCGAGAGGUGGACCACCGGGGUGGAUGCCUGAUGCUGCAAGACACCGGCAUUUCCCUGCUGGUCCCUCCAGGUGCUGUCAUGGUGGGUCGUCAGGAGAGGGUGUCCUUGGCUCUGGUGUGGGACCUGACAGAUGCCCCGUCACUGUCUCACAGACAGGGGCUAGUGAGUCCUGUGGUGGCAUGUGGCCCUCAUGGGGCCUCUUUCCUGAAGCCGUGCACCCUCACAUUCAAGCACUGUGCCCAGCAGCUCAGGCAGGCCUGUGUCUACACCAGCAAUACUUCCUUGCUUGAUGCCAAGGCCUGGAGGCCUCUGGGUCGGCCGGGGGCUCACAUCUCCAGGGAUGAGUGCCGUAUCCCGCUCUCUCACUUCAGCCUCUACACCUGUGUCCUGGAGGCGUCCCUGGGACAGGCAGCCCGCAAGUGGCUGCAGCUGGCCAUGUUCUGCUCCCCACUGGCACCGGGACAGACCCACCUGCAGCUGCGCGUCUACUUCCUGAACAAUACACCGUGCGCCCUGCAGUGGGCUAUCACCAAUGAACAGCCUCACGGAGGACGCAUGCGUGGGCCCUGCCAGCUCUUUGACUUCACUGGGGCCAGGGCGGACCAGUGCCUGAAGCUCAAGUACAUCUCUGAGGGUUGGGAAAACGUGGAUGACAGUAGUAGCCAGCUGGUUCCCCACCUUCACAUCUGGCAUGGAAAGUGCCCCUUCCGUUCUUUCUGCUUCCGGAGAAAGGCAGCCAAUGAGAAUGAAGACUGCUCAGCGUUGACCAAUGAGAUCAUUGUCACCAUGCACACCUUCCAGGAUGGCCUGGAAACCAAAUACAUGGAAAUCCUCAGAUUCCAGGCAUCAGAGGAGGAGACCUGGGCGGCACCACCUCCUGCCUCCCAGCCACCCUUGUGCAAUAGGCUACCCCCGGAGCUGUUUGAACAGCUGCAGAUGUUGUUGGAGCCUGCCAGUGUCACUGGGAACGACUGGCGAAGGCUGGCCUCGCACCUGGGGCUCUGUGGCAUGAAAAUCCGGUUCUUGUCCUGUCAGCGCAGCCCCGCCGCGGCCAUUCUGGAGUUGUUCGAGGAACAGAAUGGCAGCCUGCAGGAGCUACACUACCUCAUGACCUCCAUGGAGCGGCUGGACUGCGCCUCUGCCAUCCAGAACUACCUGAACCGGACUCCUCGGAGCAGCCCUGCCACGACGCACGGAGGCACCUGGGAGAACGAUGGCCUAGAGCUGGAUGAGAAACUCUGAGCCUGCCCCGUGGCCACGCAGGGUGCUUCAGGAGGCCAUGCCGUGCCUAUGAGUUCAGGAACAAUGCCGCAGACUCGGGUGGACCGAACUAGAAACCCCGCCGAGGCCUGAUGUCCUUGACAUCUGCCGCGCCUCCAUCAGGACAGCUCUCCAUUCUGCCAGCCAACUUUGUCCCGAGUGCAGGUUCCCUCCUGGUCGGUAGGGGGCGCGGGAGUCUGGGAGAUGGCGACAGCCAAGCCGGCUUCCAGGAUAACUUUAAUUUUCCCAGUGAACGGCCAGGUGGCCCUGCAGGCACACCCCAGAGGCCGCCUAGUUCACAAGAAUUCACGGAGCACCGAGUCUUAGUACUAAAAGCUGGGAUUAUGAGGAAUGCCGGCUUCUCCGAACUUGCCCUGGAGUCUGUGGUGCUGAAUGGAGCCGCACUCGCUGCCAGCUCAGAGCAACAGUCUAAGGACUGGCCCCCUGUUGGUUAGGGGGUGCAGUGCCUGUGGACCUGUGUUGAGGAGGCAGGGCACUGAGGUCGGCUGGCGAAGAGAAGUCUCCAGAGGGGAUCUUGCGGGGAGAUCUUUGGAUAGGGGUUGGGGGAGAGGGUGGGUGUGCAGGGUACACCCAGGGUGAGUGUGUUGGGAUGGGUGGCAGCGGGUUCAAGGCCAGAUCUAGAGACAGAUGGUCAUAACUACUGUCCGUGGCCUCCUCUUCAUCUCUUCACAUGCAGUUUAUACCUUGCCUUCCUUCUUUGCUGCUGUCUCUCUCAUCACACAGGAGGCAGAGAAGCUUCAGGAUGCCCAGCCAUAUGUUUCUCUACCUCUACCUCCAGUGGAGAGUGGUAAGGCUCUGGCGCCCUCUUCCUGCUGUUGCCCCACCUCAGAGUCAGCCUCAUCCUGUUGCUCGGGUCCUUAUUGCUUUGUCUCUGUCUAGUUAUGGAAACCCAUCUUUGUGUUUCUUUCUUUAUUAAAAAACCAAAUCCCCAGUCAUUCCCUCAGGCAAGUGUCUCCGAACUAAUGCUGUGUAUCAAGGCUACUGAAAGCCUCAGCUAUUCCUGGAGCGAAUGGGUGAGAUGUUUCCCUCACAGAUCAAGAGCUCCUUUAGAGUCAGGAAGUAAAGACCAGGGGUUAAAGGACACUCCAUCCAGGCAGCUGCUCUGGCUGUUAAUACUCUUGCUUACCAAUAGUUUCGUUGAUUUGCCCAAAGGCAGACAGUCUCUCUGGAAACACUAACAAUUUACUUCCGUUUUUAUUUAAAAUAUUGGUACUUUUAUUGGUGAGCAAUAUUAAUUAGUAAAACGUGAAAAUGCCUUUUUUCAUAACUAACUGUUUUGCUAAGAUGCUAAGUUUGGACAUAGACAUGAAGUUUUCAUUUGCAGUUAUCUUGUGUGUAGAUAUGUGUGUGUGUGUGUGUGUGUGUGUGUACAUACAUACAUACUUACAUACAGUGGAGGGUAGAGGAAGCACUUGGAUUCCCCUGGAGCUGGAGUUACAGGAGGUUGUGACUCAUUUGACCUGGAUGCUGGGAACUGAAGUCCAGUCCUGUGCGAGAGCAGUGUGUGACCGUAACCACUGAGCAGACUCCAGUCCUCGGUCACUUUGGAUCGUACAAUUACACGAAUGAGCAUUUUGCAGUUUGCACUUUGGUAACUUGGGUGGCUCAUUUCCUCUCUUUUGAAGCAAGCUUUCAGAUUUGGGCCCUUAUGUUUCUGCCUUGUUCUUUAAGCGUCACUUGUCCCCUUCUGCCCUUCAGCUUCUCCCCACAUCACUGCUGCUCUGUCCAGGUUGGUGCCUUGGCUCAGCAUUGGCCAUUGAAGGGCACUUUCUUCCCUCCUGAAGUUCCUUUUCUGCCCUGCAGGCCAAUCAAAGGCAUUGCUGGAGUCCUUUCUGGAACAAUUGAUUUUAUGUAGCAGACUAAAGCCACAGGGGUUACAGGAGAGGGGGAUCAUGGGAGUUCUGAUAUCCAUCAUGGGAGAGAAUGCUUUCUGGCUUGUGUUGGGGUUGCUAGAAGAACAGAGCUGAUGGGAUGUAUGUACUUUAGAAGAGUGUUCAUUGGAUUGGCUUACGAAUAUGAUCAGAAACACUCAACCUGGCUGUCUUCACACCAAAGAGACCGAGGACCCGGUAGUUGUUUAGUGCACAUGGCCGGGUUCCUUAGCAGUCCCAAUUUGUGCCAAAAGUCUAGAGGAUUCCUGGACAGCCAUUAGUCUUCAGUCUACACCGGAAGGCUGAAGAAGGCCAGGGGGAACCAGGGUUUUGAUGCCAGUGAAGAGCUGCAGCCGCCACAGCAGCGACAAAGUUGAUAAACCUGCCAGCCAGACUGAAUGCAUGGAGGCUGAAAGCAGAGCUUUUUCUCUUGGUUUUUCUUUUUAUCUGGGCUACCACUGGAAGGUGCACCCCCACAACAUGUGGGAGGGUCUUUCCAUGUCAAAUAAGAAAAUCAAAACCAAACCCUCACGGAUGAGGCCAAGGCUCACCUUUGAGUUGAUUCCAGAUCCAGUCAAGUUGGCAACCAAGAUUAGUCAGUCACAGGCUGCCCAGGCCAGUUUCUCAGCAUGAGUUUCUAGGGCUGGAAACAGGGUGCUUGCACAUCCUGGGGCAGGUGCAGGCUGUGUGGUUCCUGUAGGGAGGACCGGCUCUCACCUGGCUAGUACAUAUUUCCGGAAGCUAAAGUCAAGAGAGGAUGUGUCCUAAUGUGUAUCAGAAGAUUUAAUGCUUAGCCCCCAAUUUUGGGCUUGAUUUGAACUGGGUCUUUUUCACCCCUGGAGCAAAGCAAUAAUAGAAGAGGUUCGCCAAGGGCUGUUGAGCCCACAGGCUGGACAGUAAUGUCACAGUGCGACCCAGUCAUAGGGAGAUUUUUUUUCCCCCAAUGUGUAUUGACUUUGACUGGAACCAUUUGGGCGACUGCUUUGGGCUUCACUUCCAGCCCUUUCCCUAAUAGGUCACUUGUCUGGUCCUGAGAAACAGAAGCAGGACUCUGCUGUCAUGAGUGUCAUGGAGGCCUUGUCUAAUCUUGCUCCUGUGGGGUUAGAGUCUGGCCAUGGGUAGGGGGACUUCAAGGGUGAGGUGGAAUUGGAGCCUCCAGAGCUCACAGGCAAGCCCAUCUCUGUAUUCGUUCAGGACACCCUGAAGCCCACAUCUGUGCCAUCCAAGUGAAACACAAUGAGAGCCACAUGCCCAAGUUCAUGUCUUCUAAGAGUCACAUCAAAAAGGUAAAAAGAGAGAUGCUGAGAAUGGCCCAGAGGUGCCCAGCCUGAGUUCAAUACCGAGGACCUACCUGGUGGGAAGAGAGAACAGAUUCCUGCAGGUUUUCCUCUGACCUCCACACACUCAUUAUGGCACAAAUGUGACUCCCAAAUAAAUGUAAUAAAAAAUUUUAAAGUAAAAAUUUAAAGUAAAAAGAGA